GUUUUAUUAAUAUUUUUGGUUUACUAAGGGUUAGCCCAUCUCCUGGAGCACAUUCUACUAACAGGAUCAGAACUAUUUCCAGUCGAAGAUUUUUCAGCUUUUUUAAGUUCCCGAGGUGGAAGCAACAAUGCGUACACAACAUCCACGUUUACUAACUUUCAGUUUGAUAUUCCAAAAGAACAUUUUCUAAAUGCUCUAGACAGGUUCGUUUCGUUCUUCAUUUGUCCUGUUUUUCAUGAAAAAAAUAUACAACAUCAUAUAGAAAUUAUACAAUGUGAACACGAAAAAAACAAACAAAAUGAUGGGUGGAGAACUAAACAGGUUGAGAAGUUAUACGCUAAUUCAAAACAUCCUUUCAGUAAAUUCUCUACUGGGACAAGGAAGACAUUUCAGGUAGACUCUAAAUCAAAUAAGAACCUGAAGUAUGAGGCCUACAAUUUUUUCAAAAGAUAUUACUCUGCUAACCUGAUGUCUAUUUGCAUCAUUCAUAAUGCAUCCAUUGAGAAACUAGAGGAGAUUGCGACUGAGAAGUUUCUUCUCAUCCCAAAUAAAAAUAUUCCUCAAAAUAUAUAUAGAAACCCAGUUUUCCGGCCAGAUCAAAUCGGUCUAAAAAUUUUUAUCGUGCCUAUUAGAGAGAUAUAUCAUCUCAACCUGACUUUUCCACUGCUUGAAUAUGAAGAAAACUACAUGUCUUCCCCAGGGUCAUUUAUCAGUCAGUUGAUUGGUCACAAAGGAAUAGGAAGUUUAUUUUCUCUUCUCUCAAGACGGGAUCUUGCUCACAAUGUGGUCUCCUGUUACAAGCGACUCAAUCUUUCAAACUUCAGUUUUAUACUUGUAACUGUUCAGUUGACUGAGUAUGGAGAAAGGCAUAUUGAUUCCAUUAUUUUGAUUGUGUUCCAAUACAUACAUAUGCUACGCCAACACCCUCUUCCUAAAUACUUUUUUGACGAACUGACAAAUUUUGCUCAAUCAGAGUUCGAGAUGAAGGACCGUGAAAAAGCUGUGACGUUUGCAGAAACAUUAGCACAUGCAAUCCAUAUUUUCUCACCGAAACAGAUUAUAAAAGGAUGUUAUUCAUCAACGGAAUGGAGACCUAGACAGAUAGAAAAUAUUUUAGCAGAACUAAACCCAUCAAAUCUCAGAGUAACGAUACUCACUAAAAAUGCAAAGUAUUUGGAGACCAAGGUUGAACCCUACUAUGGUACUGAAUACUACGUGGACAAAAUUCAAGAGGAUGUGAUACAAGAGUGGAAGAAUGCCAGUUUGAAUCAAGAUUUGAGGUUACCAAGUCCUAACCCAUACAAUUACACGAGAAUGAACAAAUUCAUCAAUACUGGUAAAACUCGUCGGCAGCCAGAGCUAACAGUUCUUCUAGAAAGAGCUCGAAUGAAAGUUUGGUUAUCUUCUGAUCAAAGAUUUCUGUUCCCCAAAUCUUACUUUUAUUUCAAAUUCAGUUCUCCACAAACAUACAGAACUGCAAGAUCUUGGAACUUAACUAACCUUAUGGUUAAUAUGAUAAAACAUAUUCUGGUAGAAUCAACGUAUCCAGCUCUUUUGGCAGGUUUGUCGUAUACUUUAAAAGCGGCAAAGUAUGGAUUUGAACUAUUGGUACAAGGUUACUCAGAAAAGAUCUUUAUGUUUCUUCUGGAAAUUCUUAACGCAAUUUACUCAACACAAUACACGCAGGAUGUGUUCUGUACGGUACUACACGUCCACAAAAAAGGGCUGUUGAGCUGCUUUGCCGAACCUUUAAAAUCACAAUCCAGAUAUUUAGUCAAUACUCUCCUAAGCUCCAGGGUUUGGACCAGACAGGAGAGAUGGGAAAGCCUACAGGAUAUUGAACUACACGAGGUGGAAGAUUUUGCCCGAACGUUUUUGGAUAAACAUUCCUUGGAGUGCCUGGGGUUUGGUAAUGUGGACAAAGACCAGAUUUGUAAACUGUCAGAGAUUCUGCUGAAACGAAGAGCGGAGUACUUGGAGUUAAGGUGUAGCAAUCUUAGUCUUAAGAUUUCUUCAGACCCAAACUUAGCAGAUUGGUUUAAAACGGACUCAGUUGAACGAAUUGUAAGAUGUGAGAAGGUGAUACUACAGGCAGAGACCAAAUGUUCAAAUAGUUUUACAUGUGAGUAUGUGGAGAGGGAUUUACUUCUUCCGCUUGGCUCCAAUGCUGUUGUGAUCAAUAACGAACACCACACGAUGUCCAUGGUGGUGUUCUUUCUUCAGUUGAGUUCUAUAGCUCUAGAAAAAACUUGCAGUUUAGAGUUGUUUAAUCAUAUUGUGAGAGAGCGGAUAAUAAGCUAUUUGCGGAAUAGAAUAUUCUUGGGCAACACGAUUGGUUGUGAUGUCAGAAAGAUAAACCAUACUAUUGGUCUUAGGAUUCAAGUAGAGAGUCAAUUUCCUCCCGCAGCAGUAAACUCCGCUAUAGAAGACUGUUUAGAAGAUCUUGAUCCGUUUUUAAAAUCUCUGAAUCACUCAGAUUUAAAGGUUCACCUGAACACACUUAAAGCAUUAAAAAUGAACUCUCAUAUGAAGAUGAUAGACUAUAAUCAGACCUUGUGGAGGGAAAUCUUGGAGGGCAGUUAUGACUUCAGAAGAAACCAUCGAGAAGUGGAGCAUCUAAACUUCCUGACUUUGUGUAAAGUUAAAAACUUCUACAAUGAAUAUAUCAAACAAGGAGCUCCAGAAAGAAGAAAACUUUUACUUUCCAUCGCACCAGACCCUACUCUUAAUAGUGUGGAGUGCCUAUGCGGAGAACAAGCAAUGUGCAUAUACAGCUGGGAAGAAAUUGAUAAGCUUAGAAAAAAGUGUAAACACUUUCCGGACCCUGAGGUGAAGGAAAUUACUUCAUGGUUUGUAGACGUCUUCAGAAGCGGAGAUGAUUCCUACCAACCACCUGGCCAGCAGCUAGAACCGUUAACAACAAAGCCUCUUUCAGUCCACUUCAAGUAUCCUUGUAGCAAUGAAGAAUAAUUUAUGUUCUACACUUAUUAUAUAGAUUUGCAGUCACUAAAAAUUCUGAAGAAUACAUAAAUUUAAAAUUAAUAAGAGUUUGAGUAAAAAAAUUAA